AUGUCCCUCGCUGUGCCGGCGUUUCGUCCCUCAUCCUUGUUACUCUCCCGACCCCACCGGGUGUUGCGACAACUACCUCCACUUGGCUCUUUCGCCCGUCCCUCUUCUUCUUCUUCUUCUUCCCCCUCCUCCUCCUCUCCCUCUCGUCCGUCCGCCUCCCGCUCUCACUACAGUCGCUCCGAGUUCAAAGUCUUCCCCUUCUUGGUUCUGUUCGUCAUCGGCUCCGGUUCCUACGUCCUCUUGGUGAAAUCCCGCACUGGUGCUCGCAAACCCGACUCGUCGCCCCGCUCUCCUGAUUCUUAG